AUGGAGCUGGGCCACCGAGCAGGUACCACUACUUUGACCAGGGCCCAUGGAAGGGCCAACGAAAAGGAUGGCCAGCAGGACACGGACCCCUGGAGAACUGCCCGCAGCCCUUUGGACACCUCCAAAUUCAAGUACCAGGCCCCAGUCUCCCCACAGCAUUCCCUGUGCCGGGGAGGCAGCCCCCUAAGGCAGGCCCACAUGGAGGAGGUCCAGACUCCACCCCCAUUGGCCAACAGCAGGGACUGUCUGUCCCCGGGGAUGGACCCACAGCACGGGUCCCUGAAGAAGGGAGGCUACAGACCCUCCUCAAGGGAGAGCAGGGCUUCUCCUCAAGAGGGGGCUCAGCCGAACCAGGGGCUAAAGGGGGGCUCCAACACAGGAGCCCAGGGCCAGAGGAGCAGCGUCAUUCCAGAUAACAUUCGUCACAAGUUUGGGAGCAGCAUGGUGGACCAGCUGGUCUCCGAGGACCAGGCUCGAAGGGCCAUCGGUGAGGUCUUUGAGGGCCAGAAGAGGGCAAACUCGUGGCCCAGCAGGAUCCAGAGUCCCAUGGAAAUCACCUCCAUCUUCUCAGACUACUAUGAUUUGGGCUACAACAUGCGAUCAAACUUGUUUCAAGGGGCCCCCCAGGAGACGAAGAGCCUCAUGAAGGCCUCCUAUACUCCAGAGGUGAUUGAGAAAUCAGUGAGGGACAUAGAGCACUGGCAUGGCAGGAAGACGGAUGAUCUGGGACGGUGGCACCAGAAAAAUGCUAUGAAUAUGAACUUACAGAAAGCAUUGGAUGAGAAAUUUGGAGAAAAGAGCAAAAGCAAGAGCUCAAAGUACUAG